AUGAAAAUCACUUUCAUUGUACUCUGCUUGCUGUGCCUUGCUUUAAGCUUGGCAUUUAACAAGACUGCUCAAAGAACUAAUUGCGAUGGGUUGGAUGUCGGAUUCUACUGCGUCGACCAAACAAAGUAUAAUUGGUGUUAUGGACAGAGCCUUUACAAAACAACGGACUGCCCAGCGGGACUCGUUUGUAAGUGCGGAUUUACCAUAUACAAUCCAUGUGCUUGGCCAUGGAGCGACUUGGCAAUUUGCGACGGUGAACCAGGGAAGUAUUUUGGGGAUACUCCCGUAGAGCCCGAGUCCUCUGAAGAACCAACUCCACCACAAGAAUCAUCAGACACGCCAAUUCCACCUAUACCAGAAUCAUCCGAAACACCUCUCCCACCAACACCAGAAAGCUCUGAUAAUCCAAUUCUUCCAGACUCGUCUAACGAAGAGCCUUAUGAUCCAGACUGGCCAGAUGUCGAAGCGGGUGUUUACUCCAUGACUCCAACAACCCAUUUACCUCUCGUCUUAAAGUUUGAGAAAAGCAAUUGGCAGAAACAGCUAAAGGAGGUUUUGAGUUACAAAGAUUACAACAAUAAGGACUUAUACAAACCAACAGACUCGACGUAUGAAUGCUCGCUUCACCCACCUGCCAAGUACGAUACAAACCCAACACAAAUUUGGAUAGGAAGACCAAGCGAAACAGUGACUUUCUCGUACACACCAGGCGUAGCUAUCAGGUUGCCAGACAAAUAUUAUGGUCUGUUUUUGGGAUACGCAAUGGACGCAUACGGACUCAACCCUGGAAUGUUAGUGGGACUUGGUGCAAAGGAAUCGUUCAGUUUCUCAAGAUUCGCAGCAAACGAUGACGGUUCGUACUUUAUUGUUGAGAAAGAGAACGAACACUACGACUGUUACUCUGCUUCGCAAAGAGGACUUUGCAGAGACGGAAAUUUGGACGGGCCGUUCCAGGUUGAGACAGGAGGAAUGGCAACAGAUGUUGCAAUUUUGCCGAACCGAUUCUAUAUUGGAGACGAAACAAUUCCAAAAGACAAGAGAAAGAUUUUGUACAUGUAUGACAACGAAGUUCUCACCAGCGCUGGCUUUAGAGAGUACCACGACUUUUUCACACUGACCCCGGGAAGAGCAUUCAUUUUGUCGUCACUUGAUUUCCAUUUCAGACACAACCUUGUAAUGCAAAUGAAAAAACUUGGACUUGGGGAAGCGAUGGCAAAGAGAAAGACAAGAGAGGCGAGAGACUCGCUUGAAUUUGCGACGGCGAUGUAUACAUACAACAGAGGAGUCUUUGACACACAACUGAUUUCAAUGUUAGGCACCUGCGAUGCCAAUAUGGACCCAUGUUUGGAUUGUAAGCUCGAUGGUUAUGGUGGACACUCCACAGACAUUAGAGUGGUGUGCAAAGCUGUAGACUCGGCGCCAGGUGAGGAGGUUUACGACUAUGACCUGAGCAAAGAAGAUGUCGAGUACUUUUUGGAAAUAUUAGAGUCUACAUUGCCUUUUGAUAACGUUGACUGGAAAACACUGAGAAACGACGUUGAUGAAGCGUAUGAUAUGCUAAAGACCGCAAGAGGUGGAAAGUACAUUUCGUUCAGAUACGAUUGGAGAUCGUUGCUCGCUGUUGUGCGUAUGCACUUGCCUGCAAUCGAGUAUUUCGUUGGUGACCAAGUCAAAUCCUUCCAGAAUUAUUGGGGAGAUAACCUGAAUGCGGAUCUUGGGCCUUACCAAAAUGUCAAAGAUUUUCCAUUUACAUUCUGUGCUACAGCUGGUGGAAGAAAAAAUUUGUGUAACGCAAAGUCAAGUUUCUUUGUCCAGCAUAUGAAUUACACAAUAAAUAAGUGA